AGGGCUGGAUCCGCCUCCUCCCGCUUUGGGGGCCUGGGCUGUUGGGGAAGAGAAGCAGCGCCAGCAGCAGCAGCACCGCCUUCUCCUCCAGGUCCAUGUCUUCGGAGUGGCUGAGGAAGCGCUUCGCCAAGGCAGCAGGCCGAGGGGACCCGCCUCAGGAGGACCCCCAGCAGCAGCCCUCGCCCGCCCCCUACCGGCGCCCCAAGUUCCUGCGCGGAGGAGGAGGAGGAGGAGGAGCGGCCCCCGGCGGCAGGGAGAGGCGCCCCGUCUGCGCCCUCUCCAGAGAGAGGCCCCUGCUCCAGUGGAGCACCGGAUACGCAGAAACCAUCAAUGCAGAAAAAUCAGAAUUCAAUGAAGACCAAGCGACGUGCUGUCAGAUCUCUAUUAGGAAGAGGGAAUAUGGCAAAGAGGAAGAUCAGGAAUGGCUGAUCCUGUGCUCCACUGAGUACCUGACUGGCUAUUAUUGGGCACUGUUUGAUGGUCAUGGUGGCCCAGAAGCAUCAAUAAUGGCCUCCAACUACCUGCAUUAUUGCAUCAAACAGAAGCUAGAAGAUGUGGUAGAAGGCAUUACUGAAGUCAGUCCCCCAAUGCACCUCAAUGGGCAAUGUGUUUGCCAAAGUGACCCACAGUUUGUGGAAGAAAAGCAAAUUCAUCAGGAAGAUGUGGUCAUUGCUGCUCUGGAGAACGCUUUUCAGGAAUGUGAUGAAGUGAUUGGUCAGGAGAUGGAAAUUACUAAUCAGUCAGGAGGCUGCACAGCACUAGCUGUACUUUAUCUGCAAGGGAAGCUCUAUGUAGCAAAUGCAGGUGACAGCAGAGCACUCCUUGUUAGAAAAGAAACCUUUGUUCCUCUAAGUACUGAAUUCACCCCUGAAACAGAGAGACAGAGAAUCCAGCACCUGGCUUUUAUUUAUCCAAAGCUUCUGGCUGAUGAGUUCACAAGAUAUGAGUUUCCAAGGAGACUGAAAGGAGAUGAUGUAGGCCAGAAGGUCCUCUACCGGGAUUACUCCAUGGAAGGCUGGGGUUAUAAGACAGUGGUGAAAGAUGACCUGAAGUACCCUCUGAUCCACGGGCAUGGAAAACAGGCCCGCUUGCUAGGCACCUUGGCUGUGUCUCGAGGCUUAGGAGAUCAUCAGUUGAAAGUCCUUGAAACAGAUAUUGAAGUCAAGCCUUUUCUCUCUUGCAUUCCCAAGGUGGAAGUAUUUGAUUUUACUAAACAACAUAUAAAGGAAGAUGAUGUCCUUAUCAUGGCAACUGAUGGUCUCUGGGAUGUUAUGUCAAAUGAAGAUGUGGCCCAGAUUGUCAGGAAUUUUCUUCAGAAUAAUACAACUGACCCAUACAGAUUUUCAGAACUAGCCAAGUGCCUGGUGCAGAAAGCCAGGGGAAAGAAGGAUGGGUACUAUUGGACUAUGGACAGUAACAUGCCUGCUUCCUAUGAUGAUAUUUCUGUGUUUGCAAUUCCACUGUACAACAAGGAUGAACAUUAAAUGAUGUGUUACUAGCAAGUGAAUAAUGGACCUGCAUUUUGGAUAAGCAGACCUUACCCAGAUCAACAGCUUUUGCUGAAGAAAAUUCAGCAUCCUUUGAAAGCAAAACCAGAAGUACUCAUACAAUUUCUCAUGCUGUUACUCUUAAGGCAGUUUGUAUAUUCUCGUGUCUUCUAACAGAAGGGUCUACAGUAAAAAAAAAGCAUCUCUCUUCUGUGAGCAUAUUGUUUGUGCACUCUUUAUGGUUAUGUAAGUCAUAUGAAGGAAAGGUCAUCAAGAUUAGGAGAAAGAUUUCAAUAGUUAAGAGACAAAACCCUAUAUAUUUCAUUUCAGAACAAUGGUUAUACAUUCAGCAGAUGUCUUGACUCAAAAAGAAGCUUGUAGGGAGACUGCUGAAGCAACAGAAGGAAAUUUUUUAUAAUAUUUUAUAUGGUUGUCUUAGAUGCAAAACAUCCUACCAAACCUGGCAAGACACACAUGGUGCCUAAUGAAGGAUGGUGUGCAGUGACUUUUGCAGUUUUUGUACUUAUUUUACUUUGCAGAGAUUGUUUUGUUAACAUGUAUAGUUCUUUUAUAUAUUAAGUUGUGGCUUAAUUUAUAAUAAAACUAAUUAAAAUAC